AUGGUUACCUUCACCGUUUUCAAGGGAGACAAGCAGGGGCGCAUUUUUGAGGACACUACGACACGUACCAUCGGAGAGCACGAAGUUCUCGUCCGCAUUACACACAGUGGCCUGUGUGGCACUGACAUUCACUUCAAGACCAGCAACAUUGGCCUCGGCCAUGAAGGUGUCGGUGUUGUAGAGGAGAUUGGAGAGCGUGUGACUCUGUUCAAGAAAGGCGAGCGUGCAGGUUGGGGUUAUGAGCACAACUCCUGCGGCCACUGCAAGCAAUGCCUUACUGGAUGGGAAACACUCUGUGCAGAACGACGUAUGUUCGGCGAAGUUAGCCUCGACCAAGGUUCCCUCGGUUCGCAUUUUGUUAUGGACGAAAACUUCUUGUUCAAGAUUCCAGAGAGCAUGUCUUCUGCUGAAGCUGCGCCCUUGAUGUGCGGAGGUGCCACUGUCUUCAACCCAUUCAAGGUGUACAACAUCAAAAGCACCGAUCGUGUAGGAGUGCUCGGCAUCGGAGGUCUGGGCCAUCUUGCUAUCCAGUUUGCUGCACGUUGGGGUUGUGAAGUGGUCGUCUUCUCGGGCACGGACAGCAAGAAGGAGGAAGCCAUGAGACUCGGCGCAACAGAGUUCUACGCUGUCAAAGGCCUCAAGGAACUCAAGAUCAAGGCCCCUCUUGACCACCUGCUCGUCACCACCGCCUCUCAACCCGACUGGCAGAUGUAUCUUCCCCUCAUGGCACCAUCAGGGACCAUUUUCCCCUUGACUGUCAGUGGAGGCGACUUGAAAAUCCCCUACAUGCCUUUCCUGCAGAAGGCUUUGACAGUGCAGGGAAGUCUGGUUGCCGCGCGACAAGUCCAUCGGGAGAUGUUGGAUUUUGCAGCCCAUCAUAACAUCAGGCCCAUUAUCCAGACAUUCCCGAUGAGCUUGGAGGGUGUCAACAAAGCCUUCGACACACUCGCGGCCGGCGAUAUGAGAUACCGCGGUGUUUUGGUUGUUGAAUAG